UGUGGACACAAACACAGUGUGACGUCAAUGAGUGCACGCAUUGCGCACUCAAUGAGAGUUUGUUUUGAUUUGCGGUUCAAAACACUCAACGUUCAGAUGAUUUGAUUCACCACUCAAUCCAUGCCUGAGACCAUCAGCUCAUCCAAUGGCUGAAGACAUGAUUCUUCCACUUCUCGGCUACAAUGGCGACGACGACGAAGAGGACGACACGACAGACAGCGACGAAGGCAUUGACAACGAUAUCAGCGACGACUCGGAGGAGCACUCGAGCGGCAGUCGUGACCAACGCGUCCAAUACGACACAACCCUUCCGUCGCAACACAACUAUUUGGGGGACAAUCUGAACGAACUGUCCGGACGGGUAGUGUUGGACGAGACGUCGACUGUAAGCCUACCGCUGCUCACCAUCGAUAAGGUGGUGUUAGUGCCCUCACAGGUACUGCCCCUACAGCUACACCACCCGACCAUCGUGUCGAUGAUGAGGCGCCUCAUUGACGGCCAGAGGACUGUCGGUGUCGUCGCCUCAUUCGAGCCAACGCUCGGCACCACCGCUGAGAUCAGGAGCUAUUCCGGCGAUGACGACGACGUCGAGGGUUUGCCGGUGUUUAGGGUGAAAGCGGAGGGCAGACAGAGGUUUAGAGUGAUGGAGACGUGGCGUCAGGACGGCGUCGUUAUGGGAAAGGUGAAAAUUCUGCCGGAAUAUGAGUUAACGAAUCCAUUGCGAGAGCGGACGCAUACGAUGGACAGGCGCUCAAUAGCCAUGUGCUCACGUUGGCCGCAAUGGGUGUACGGCAUGUAUGACCCUAACCUAUUGAUGGAUAAAAUCAAACUCUAUCUGAAGAACUGGUCGUUCAAUGACUACACGAGUCCAGCGCCCCUAAAGCCGUGUGAGUUCUCGUAUUGGGUCGCCUCUAACCUACCCAUGGAUGACAGCCAGAGGUGUCAACUGUUGACGAUUAACAGUUCCAUACAAAGACUUCGCUUCGAGUUAAGUCUAUUACAGAAGUACUCGUAUUUGUGUUGCUCUGAAUGCAAGGCUAAGAUCUGCGAGAAGGAGGACGUGAUAGUGAUGUCAGUGAAUGGCCCGCAGGGCACGUAUGUUAACCCUCACGGGGCUGUCCACGAGAUGACCACAGUCUCCAAGACGACAAACAUUGUGCUCAUCGGCCGCACGUCCACCGACUUCUCGUGGUUUCCCGGGUAUGCGUGGACUAUAUGCCAGUGCAAGCGAUGCAAAAGCCAUAUGGGAUGGAAGUUCAGUUCAGUGGACAAGAAGUUGAGGCCCGAGUGGUUUUGGGGUCUCUGCCGGUCAUCGCUAGAGCCCGGACUCAAAAUAGAUGACGAAAUCUCAUGGAAGCCCGUCCUAUAAGUCAUGUUUAAGCAGUUAUUUUCAUGAGUAAUACUGAUUUGUAUUUAUUUUUGGCUACAAAAUUGGAGUUAUAUUUUCGAUUAACGCUUGGAAUAUACAUAAAAUUUUAGUCAUAAAUAUAUUAAUAAUAAUAAUAAUUAAGAAUAAUAAUUGAAUUGAAUUCAAGACAUGAGUAUAAAUAUGUCAACAGAAUAGAUGAGAUAACGGAACAAAUGGUUGGAUCCGAUGAUCAAAUGAAGAGUCCGUCUUCGUCUAGACACUGUCUGUAGUGGUUUUGUAUUGCUUGAAACCUAUGUAUCAAUUAUUACAGUAUUUUAGCCAUU